CUUCCCCCCGGCCUCCGCCCCCCCCGCACCAGCCCGGACCCCACCCCCUUGGUUCCGACCCGGCGGGGCUGCGAGCCGAGCCACUGGCGCCCGGUUCGGUUCGGGCGGUGCCGGUUCCGGUCCCGGCCCUGGAGCAAGGGGACGGGGCGGGGAUGCUGCUCUCCAAGAUCAACUCGCUGGCCCACCUGUGCUCCGGGUCCGGCGGGGAGCUGCACCUGGCCAAGCUACAGCCAGGUGAGGCCCGGUUCGGUUCGGAUCGACAGCAGGGGGUGGCUCUGGAGUAGGGUGCCCCAGAGCGGUCCGGGUUCGGUUCGGGAGGAGUCCUGUCCUGCUGGGCAUUGGGGAGGUUCGGUUCGAGAGGGGUAGGUUCAGAGAGGAGUCUGGUUCGGUUCGGGGGAGGGAUGUGGGUCUGGUCUGGUUUGGGAGGUCUGAUCCAGUUUGGUCUGGGGAGGGAUGUGAGGCUGGUUCAGUUCGGGGAGGGAGGUCGUUCUGAGGAGGGAUGUGGGGUUGCUGUGGUUUGGAGGGUUGGCCGGGUCUUUUGAGGACACAGCUGGUUCUGAUCCUGGUGUCUUGUGCCUAUCUGCCUGCAGGGAAGGACAAGGAGCCCCUGGAGAAGCUGUACCAGGUGGGCCCACUGCUGGGCUUUGGUUCUGUCUACUCGGGCACCCACCUGUCGGACGGCACCCCGGUAGCCAUCAAGCACGUGGCCCGGGACCGGAUUUCUGACUGGGGAGAGCUGUCAGAAAUCUGCAUUCUGUGGCUAAAUCUCCAAUCCAAUAAAAUCCAUGGUGAUAUAGAUCAAUUUUACUGCCUGGAUAUUUGCUGUAUCCCUGCAUGAAUACAUUUCUACAAUAUUUUCCAAAUGAUGGAUCGUUCCAACUCAAGCUGCAAAUAAAUUCCAUUUUGUGAGUUUGAAGGCUUUAGAUAACCCUGUUAUUGCUGGACAGAUUUACAGAAUUAAGCUGUGUAAGACUAAAAAGAAUGACUGAAUGCUUUGUGUGGGACUCAAACUCUGUGAGGGAAGGGAAAUCUGAGAGCGUGUCAUAGGUAUCUUUGCAACAAUUGAACCCUGUGAUUGUCAGCAGGGUACCAUGGAAGCAGAACUUCACUUCUGUGGUACUAGUUGCAUAUCCUGAUUUCCCCUCCCCCCCCCCCAUACCUUUU